CGGUGGCGUCACCGGCACCCCCGCAGUGGAACGGGGAACCUCCCUGCGCGCGUCCCUCCUCCUCCUUCUCCCCCCACCAGGGUCUUUGCUCUGUCUAGUGGGUCCGAGGGCGCCCAUGCUGUUUCGUUUCGGGGUGAUUCUUCCCGCCCGUCUGGCUGAAGGCGGGACGGUGCUUUGCGUGUCGGGGUCCCGGCCGGAGCUGGGUCAAUGGGAUCCCAAGCGCGCGCUGGUUAUGAAGCCCAGCCGGCCGCUGGCUCCCUUGCCUGCUCAAGAACCAGUCUUGUGGCUCGGCGAGGUGGCGCUGCCCGGCGAGGAAGAAGCCGCGGGCACCUUUUGGUACAAAUUCCUCAGGCGGCUCGAGACGGGAGACGCCGUCUGGGAAGGUAAUGGACCGCACCAUGAUCACCAUGUUUAUAAUCCACGCAAUUUAGUUGAUGGAGUUUACUGCCUCCCAAUAGGACACUGGAUUGAAGUUUCUGGGCACACAGAUGAAAUGAAACAUACAACUGAUUUCUAUUUUAAUAUUGCUGGACAUCAAGCUAUUCACUGCUCCAGGAUAUUGCCAAAUCUGUGGUUAGGAAGUUGCCCUCGUCAAGUGGAACAUGUGACUGUCAAACUUAAACAUGAGUUGGGCAUUACCUCUAUAAUGAACUUCCAGACUGAAUGGGAUGUGGUUCAGAAUUCCUGGGGAUGCAACCGCUAUCCAGAACCAAUGAGCCCAGAAGUUCUCAUGAAGUUGUACAAAGAAGAAGGCCUUGCUUAUGUCUGGAUGCCAACACCAGACAUGAGCACUGAAGGAAGAGUCCAGAUGCUGCCUCAGGCUGUCUAUCUCCUGCAUGGGCUACUGGAGAAUGGGCACACUGUCUAUGUUCACUGCAAUGCAGGUGUUGGUAGGUCCACCGCUGCCAUUUGUGGGUGGUUAAAAUAUGUGCUGGGAUGGAAUUUGAGAAAAGUGCAGUACUUUGUAGCUUCCAGAAGAGCAGCCAUCUACAUUGAUGAAGAAGCACUGGUCCGUGCCGAAGAGGAUUUCUUCCAGAAAUUUGGGCCGCUCCGUUCCUCAUUCAAGCCAUAGCAGCAGCAGCAAAAGAAGAAAUUGCCAGCAACAUAGUCAGGGUCAAACUUCUCGGAAAUCAUGACCUUAACUCCAAAAAAAAUGCUACCAUUGCCUGAGGAAAUAGUGAGAUGAAAAUGUGAGUGAAUCGGGGGUGGGUUCCUGCCAGUUCUCACCUCUUCUAUAGAAGAGGUUCCACAAAUCUACAGUGCCGUUUAGAACCGG